AUGUCAGCAAACUUAGCUCUUGUAAUUUCCGCCCUUAGUGCUAUUUCUGGGCAAAAUGUUGUUUCGGAUGAUAAGUUAUUCAACAAAAUCGACGAUGGAAAUAAUCAAUUGGAAACGAGCUACUUUCACCAAUUUUUAGUUUGUGGUCCUACUAACAUCAACAUCUCCGAACCUACCUCUAACCCCCAAAACGACGGAAAAACGAUAAAUAGCGACAUAUUGUUCAACAAAAGAAGUGUCCAUGCUAAACGGUUGGAUAUCAAAAGUCUUCAUCAAUCUUACUUAGUUGGUGGUCCCCUCGGAGUUUCUCAUAAGACCUCCACCCCAAGCGUUAAUAUUUAUCGGAUAUAUAUUAAAACAUUAACCAACGAAGUAAUUACCGCCUCUGUUAAAAAUACCACGACUGUUAAAGUAUUGAAAAAAAAGAUUCAUGAAAAAAGGGGCAUCCUCCCUGAUAAGUUGACUUUUGAUGGUAAUCAGUUAGAGGAUGGAAAGUCACUCGGUGAUUACAAUGUUCAAAAUGGAUCAGUUUUAUACAUGGUUCCUCACCUUAAGAAAGACGAAAUUAAACCCCAGUGUAUCUUUGUCUCCCAGGAAUUUCUUCACCCUAAAUAUGACUAUAAUUUCACAAACAUUAAUGAUGACGGUCGGAAAUUUAUGCGCGGACAAUACGAAUACAAACGUCCGGUGGGCUGGAAUCGAAUUGCCCUCAAGGUAUUAAACAAAUAUGAAGAUAACAUUUGGCUCGGAGUAGGUGAGAAGCAUAAUUUCAAUUCAAUUGCUAGUACGGGAUAUUCGUUAAGCAAGGGAAAGAGAUUUAAUUUUGGUCAGGGAAUUUAUUCUACACCGGAUAUUAACAUUGCAGCUCAGUAUGCCAAGGAGUUUACGCAUGAUGGUGAGAGGUACAAAAUGGUGUUUCAGAAUCGAGUGAACCCUGAGAAUUUGGUACGAAUUAGUGCAGCUAAAACGAAAAAGGGAGGAGAGUUUUGGGUUUCACCUAAGGGCGAAGAUAUAAGACCUUACGGAAUUUGCAUUAAAAAGCUUUAA